AUGACCAUCCUCAGCGACCCAGCUAAUCGUUUUGCUAUCGAAUCUGAGCAAUUGAUGGCUGCUGAUUAUUAUGAUGACCCAAUCGAGUGCGCAUCUCGAUACUCAUUUCCAAUUACUGAGACCUGCGCACUGCUAGGAGCCAGCCUAGUCCUGCUAGGACCCGAGGACUGGCGGCAUAGCUAUGAAUUCGAGCCCUUAUGGCUAGCAGAUUUGCAUGGCUUGCCUUCUGUUCCGUCAGACGGCUUGGUUGCCAUCGAUAUCACGGAUAUGAACAACUUAAAAUACGGAAUCAUGACGUUUAGGAUCCCUGCUGAUGAAGAUGCGAUCGACAUUUCCAUAGACAACGAUACUACCAAGGCAAUUUCCGCCAGUCAAUAUGUGGCAAGAUAUCUACAGCAUAAUGACCUACAAGCAGAUGAUAUGAUAAAGGCCGAGGAGCUGGCUAAAUUUUCGUUGAUCACAGAAGGUCUUAUGUACUUCUCUUGGCCAACACACGAUUGGACAUGUCGUUUGUUCAGCACUCCCGAGUCCCACUUGGGAACCCGCCCUCUAGUUGAUCAAUGCUUAGAUGUCCUGAUCCACAGCACCUCGGAAAUCGAAUCCUUCGAUAUGUCUAUAUUUGAACUACCACUCCUUAUCCCGGGCUUCAAGGCCAGGCUACAGAGACGCCUAUUCGCGGCUUUGAAAAAUCUUGAAUGCCAUAAUUCGGUCGGACAGUUGCUAGCACUUGUCUUCAACGGAGCAACGCAGCUACCCCUGGUUCAGCUCAAGGGACUCUCCGCAAAGGUGCUCGAAUCUGCUCUGAAGACAGAAGAGCUUAAGAACGUAACCGAGCUAAGCCUACAAGUCAACAAUUUCUGGAGCUCCCCGGACCAUAUCAUAGAUGUGAUAUCCUGUGGACCUUCCAUACGCCACGUGUGUUUUCUCCUAGGACCGCCGGAGGCGCGCAACAGCCUAAGGUCCAUAGACUUAUUGGAAGCAAUUGGCAAGAGACCGGAGUUACUGAAACGCAUCAAGGUCACAUUCACCGCCGCGUAUUCGAGAAUGGAAAAUCACAUGGUGUGGAAUAGAUGGGGAAACAGCUUCCAUCCGCCAUCGGAGGUCUUCCCGAUCUUGAACAUGAUGGUCACUUGCAGAUUUGGCAAAAAGGGCGACGAGCCUGCCAGACCAAUAGAGAGAUCUCUAUAUUUUGGUUCAGGCUUGCUUACAGCCGAAGCCUUCACGGCUGGAUUCUUACGAUGGCUGCCGAAUAUGCCGCAUCACGAUGGAUAUCCCUUUUCUGUCGGCCCUUCAACCCUGGGAAGUACUUCCAAGGCCGAAGUUCACCCCAUUCUGUCAUAUACCGAGGAUGAAGUGUUUCCGGGAGGAAGCUGGGUUGUACUAGUUCUCAAUGAUGCAACAGGAGAGACAAAGGGGAAGUUGAGGGUAUUGAAAUAUGCCUUCGUACAGCUGGAUGGUGGCUUGAAGCCUAUUGAUUACCGCCGCGACUGGCAUUGUGGUUAUGACGUGGAACCUGAUCAUCUCCGCGAAGUCGUAGGACUCAAAGGAUUCCUACAAAUAACAGCACCACAUGUAGACCAGGGCUUGGUGGAUCGUUUACUGUUGGAGGCUGGGAAGGAAGUCGCAGCGAAAGACGUUCAAGUUCUUCAAAGUCCAGAGUCCGAGCCUUUCAGCGUCAUGGACCGCGAAGAAGCAUGUAAGCUGUUCAACGAAGUUCUGGCAGGAAGUGAGAACGAAAUACGUGGUGAAACGAUUGAGAAAGGGUCCAUUAGAUACUUACCCGGGGGCGUGGACGGGGCCAUCAACAUCAAAGCUUCGCAGACGUACAUCAAGACGUUUAGGAAGCCGCACCAGACGGUUACGAGUGCCGAGGAUUUGUAUGACAAAGUCGUGGAGGAGUAUCCGAAUCGGAUAGGAAAACUACUGGUCUUAUGCCUAGGUUGCCUAGCGCAAUUUCCAUCGAACAGUCAGUCUAAACGAGAUGAGCUAUGA